CUUCUGUCAGCAUCACUUCUGACUUCAUGGACCAGCCAACCGUCCAAAGUGAAGUGAAGCCUCGGGUGAUGGGCUUCGUCCUGACCGUCUCUGCUCUCCUCAUUAUCUCCACCAAUCUGCUGGUGGGCUCUGCUCUGCUGAAGCUGCUCCUGAAGCGAGGAUGUCAGAGCUGGUGUUAUGUCCUGAACUUGGCUCUGGCUGACACUCUGGUGGGCGUCGCCAUCACUGGACUGGCCACGGAAGACUUUAACAACAAAUUUAUUCAGCAGCGCAAUGGUUAUAUUGUGAUUUAUCCUCCCACAAACGGGACACCUCCUGCUCCGCAGGGCAAGACCCGAUGUUUGCUGCGAAUGUCCUUUGUGACGUCCCCCUGCAUGGCGUCCAUCUUGACUAUGUUCCUGAUCUCACUGGACCGCUAUAUGGCCAUCAAGAUGCCCCUGCGUUACUCUCUGAUGUCUGGGAAAGGGAGGACAGCCGGGUCUUUACUGGCUGUGUGGAUCAGUUCCUACACUAUGGGAUUUUUACCAGUGGUGGUGCCCCAGCUGCAGGCGGCGGCACCCUACGACGGUUUCUGUGCUUUCUUUACUGUCACCCACGACAUCGCCAUCAUCGUUAUGUACUGCCUGCUCUUCUUCCCCAUCCUCUCCGUGUUCAUCUACAUGUACCUGGACAUCCUGAAGAUCGCCUGCGUCCACCACAAGCAGAUCUCCCAAAUCAGGCAAACCAGCUCAAGCGCUGAGGACAGCCACCACAGACAGUCCCAGUACCACCAUCAUCAGCAGCAUCACCUGCUGCGGAGCUGGAGUCACGUCAAGGCCUUGAGGACAGUGGGGGUGCUCAUUGGCUGCUUCUUGGUGCUUUGGAGUCCUUUCUUUGUGGUGUGCAUUGUGCACCUUCUGUGUAGGAAGUGUGCCCUUAAGGAGGUGCUGGAGAACUACCUGUGGCUCCUGGGGCUCCUCAACUCUCUGAUAAACCCUCUGGUCUAUGCCUGCUGGCAGAGAGAGGUGCGGCUGCAGCUGUCCGACAUGUUUUCCUGCAUCACAAACAGGUUGCUGUCUGCUUCACCACCGAGUGUUGUGGAAAGAUGCCACUCAUCACCGCCUGUGCAGGCUCGUGCUUGUCUUUCUGAAGGAGAUACGCCCAGUCCUUCGAUUAGGCUACCAAUCAGCAGCUUGGACACCAAUGGCCUUCGCCUGUCUGACACAACCAGUUUGUGAUGGAAAGAGGGAAACGCCACAGAUAUUUAUAACACACUCAUAAAGUAUUCCA